ACUCCGUUCAAUUCUCCCUGUCUCUCUACUGUAUCGCACACCCUCUCUCUCUCACAAGUUUUCGUUUUCAUUUUCCUGAUAUGGAGCGGCCGCCUCUACUACCUCGAUGACUGAGUUGGGUCUUCUUCCAGACUAGCUAUCAGUGGGUGUUCUCGGGAAAAUCUCAUUUCCCGGUAAACAAUCACAAAGUCUGGGUUGUUGGCCACUGCGCGGCAGAAGCUAGCUUGUGUCUAUAUAAUAGAAUCAGACCUGCAUAUAACAAGGUAGCUCCUUUGAGACCUGGAGCUCAGAGAGAUUGAGAAGAGCGAGCAAAAUGGGCGACCUUGACAAUUCUUCAUCACUAGUUGGUUCUACCGCUUCAGGAGAAGCUACUUUUUCGGAGCCUCCCGCCAAGAAGAAGCGAAAUCUUCCCGGAAUGCCAGAUCCUGAAGCGGAGGUGAUCGCUCUGUCGCCGAAAACUCUGAUGGCGACGAACCGUUUCGUGUGCGAGAUCUGCAACAAAGGGUUCCAGCGCGACCAGAACCUCCAGCUCCACCGGCGAGGCCACAACCUGCCGUGGAAGCUGAGGCAGCGAACCACGACGGAGGUUCGGAAGCGGGUUUACGUCUGCCCAGAGACGUCGUGCGUGCACCACAACCCGACCCGAGCGCUGGGUGAUCUCACCGGGAUUAAGAAGCACUUUUGCAGAAAGCACGGCGAGAAGAAGUGGAAGUGCGAGCGGUGCUCGAAGAAGUACGCGGUGCAAUCUGAUUGGAAGGCGCACAUGAAGACCUGCGGCACUAGAGAGUACAAAUGUGAUUGUGGAACUUUGUUCUCUAGGAGGGAUAGCUUCAUAACGCAUAGGGCUUUCUGUGACGCCUUGGCCGAGGAGAGUGCUAAGGCUCAAACCCUAGGAAGCUCGCAGCAGCUCGGAAAUUCAAAUCCGAACCCGAAUCCGAAUGCUGGAAAGGCGGUUGUGGUGGCAUCGCCGCCUCCACCGCCUCUCACACCUUCCAAUAAUGUGGUGUCUCCAGCUCUAUCCAUUCAAAGCUCAGAAUUCCCAGAAAACCCAGUAGGACUGUCGCCGCCACCUCCAGCAACCACGUGCUUAACGAGUACCACGACGGCGAUUAGCACCGCCGCCACCACCACCUCAACUGGAAAUUGCAGCAACACUAGUACUAGUGUAUUUGCUAGCAUAUUUGCUCCUAGUACUGCCUCACAAACAUCGGCAGCUGCUAAUUCCUCAUACUCCAAUAUAGUCUCCAGUUCUGCAAUCCCAUCAGCCUCCGCCAUGGAACCAACGUCUCUCUCACUCUCCACCUCUCUAUACCUAUCCAACAAUGGCUCCACCCUCUUCCCAACUGCUGAUCAGCAAGACCAUCGCCAGUAUGUAGCUUCCCCGCAGGCUCCAGCCAUGUCUGCCACGGCAUUGCUCCAAAAAGCAGCCCAAAUGGGUGCAGCUGCGACUAGUGGGUCUUUUCUUCGUGGCUUUGGCUUGGCCACGUCCUCAUCGCCGCCUCAGGCGCAAGAUAGCACCACCUCUUUGCAGUGGAGCAACAACAGCCACAGCCAGCAGCACAAGAGAGAUGGUAGUGGCGGUGCUGCUGCCACAGUAGCAGCUGGGCUUGGAGCAAGUUCUGCCUUAUUGACUGAUCUCAUGAUGGGCCCACCUGUGCCGUUUGGGGGUCAUCAUCAGCCCAUGACCCGCGACCUUCUUGGGCUGGGCAUAGGUGCUAAUGGCGGGGGCGGCAGUGCUUCAUCCGCCGGACUAUCUGCUUUGCUCAAUUCGUUCGGCGGUGGUGGAGGUUAUACUACAUAUGCAAGGGGAGAAGAGUCAUCAUGGGAAGGUGCACAGGAGAGGAAACCUAAUACUGCUACUGGCCCAGCCUUGCUCUAAACACCCCUCCGUUCCAAGUCAGAUAGAGUUGAGAGACUUACCCUUUCAGUCAUCUCAUAUCAGCCAUAGAGCGAGCUUCUUAAUUAGUUGCUUUUUUGUUGUUGAAAAACCGUCUGCUUCCCUAGGAAAAGUUCGAUCAACUUAUGGCCGGGAAAGCUGUGUAUAGGGCAUUAUGUACGUAGUUAGUAGCUAGCUUAGCAAGCGCACUUAGCUAGGGUAAAAUGUAAGUGAAACUUUUGUAAGGAGUACUUCUGAUGAAACUGGUUCGAUCAGUUCAGAUA